AUGUCGCUUCUUCUUCGACAAAUAUCAGGCCGUUCACUAAAUGCACUGAGACUAGCCUCUACUUACACUACCGGCUACCAGCCGUUACCAAUCGAUUCCGCCUGGUCAGAAAUGGCAAAAAAAGCAAUGAAGGGAAAGGAUCCGAAUUCUUUGAUUUGGAACACACCUGAAGGUAUCCCCAUAAAGCCACUCUACCUCAAGGAUGACCGUAAAUGCGACGAAGGGAAGCCUUCAGAGUUACCUGGAAAAUAUCCUUUCACUCGUGGACCAUACCCAACGAUGUACACUCAACGACCAUGGACGAUACGACAAUAUGCGGGAUUCUCAACUGUGGAGGAAUCUAACGCAUUCUACAAGGAGAACAUCAAAGCCGGACAACAGGGUCUCUCCGUCGCCUUCGAUUUGGCCACUCAUAGAGGUUAUGACUCCGACAAUCCGCGAGUGUUUGGUGACGUCGGCAUGGCUGGCGUAGCCGUCGACUCGGUAGAAGAUAUGAAACAGCUCUUCGACGGCAUCGACCUCUCAAAGAUGAGUGUAUCGAUGACUAUGAAUGGAGCAGUUAUCCCAGUCCUUGCCAUGUACAUAGUUGCUGCUGAAGAAUCAGGUGUCGAUCGUAAACAUCUGGCUGGAACCAUUCAGAACGAUAUUUUGAAGGAGUUUAUGGUCCGUAAUACUUACAUCUAUCCACCGGAGCCGUCCAUGCGUAUUAUUGGAGACAUCUUUGCAUACACCAGUAGGGAAAUGCCCAAAUGGAACAGCAUCUCUAUUUCUGGCUAUCAUAUGCAAGAAGCUGGUGCUGAUGCAGUUUUGGAGAUGGCGUUCACUAUUGCCGAUGGAAUUCAGUACUGUGAAACUGGCAUCGCUGCUGGUCUCACCAUCGAUGCUUUCGCGCCUCGCCUUAGCUUUUUCUGGGGCAUCGGUAUGAACUUUUACAUGGAGAUUGCAAAAAUGCGUGCCGCUCGUCGUCUUUGGGCUAACCUUAUCAAGGAGCGGUUCCAACCGAAAAGCAGCAAGUCGUUAAUGCUACGCACUCACUCACAGACAAGUGGAUGGUCCCUCACUGAACAGGAUCCUUACAACAAUAUCAUUCGCACGACAAUCGAGGCAAUGGCAUCUGUUUUCGGCGGAACACAGUCACUUCACACUAACUCAUUUGAUGAGGCACUGGGUCUACCAACAAAGUUCUCAGCUCGUAUUGCAAGAAACACUCAAAUCAUUAUUCAGGAAGAAAGUGGCAUCUGUAGGGUAGCUGACCCUUGGGGAGGUUCAUAUAUGAUGGAAUCUUUGACAGAUGAGAUCUACGAGAAGGCGAGAAAGGUUAUUGACGAAAUAACGGAACUCGGCGGCAUGGCGAAGGCUGUAGCGUCAGGCAUGACGAAACUGAGGAUCGAAGAGGCGGCUGCGAAAAAACAGGCUCGAAUAGAUGCUGGCAAGGACGUCAUCGUUGGAGUAAACAAGUAUCGCCUCGACAAGGAGGUCCAAGUUGACGUACUUAAAGUAGACAAUCAGAAGGUGCGUGAGCAACAAAUCGCAAAAUUAGAACAUAUUCGCAAGACAAGAGAUCCGGCACGUGCCAAAGCGGCACUUGAAGCGAUCACAAGGGGAUCUGCUGGAAAAGAAAACCUUCUAGAAUUGGCCGUUGAAGCAUCGCGUGCUCGUUGCAGUGUUGGAGAGAUUAGUGAUGCUAUGGAGAAAGUGUUCACACGAUACGCUGCUGUCAACAGAAUGGUGUCUGGUGCAUACAAGUCUGAAUUCGGAGAGACAAACGAAAUGGCUCAGGUGAUGGAGCGUAUAAAAGCGUUCGCGGCAAAGGAAGGUCGACAGCCACGUAUCAUGGUAGCUAAGAUGGGUCAAGAUGGACAUGACCGUGGAGCAAAAGUAGUUGCCACUGGAUUUGCAGACCUUGGUUUCGACGUUGACGUUGGGCCUCUCUUCCAAACGCCUGCUGAAGCCGCUCAACAAGCUGUCGACGCUGAUGUUCAUGUGGUUGGAGCUAGCAGUCUUGCUGCUGGACAUUUGACACUGGUACCCCAACUUAUUCAGGAAUUAGCCAAGCUGGGGAGAGAAGAUAUCAUUGUGGUUGCUGGAGGUGUAAUUCCGCCACAGGACUACGACGAACUGUACAAGGCUGGAGUAUCCCUAAUUUUUGGACCUGGAACCAGGUUGCCCGCUUGUGCAAUGCAGGUCUUGGACAAACUGGAGAAGAACCAGGAAAAGCAGAGCGCCAAGUCGUAA